AUGUCCCUGCUCCAUAAUGAAGAUUUCACGAUCUGGCAGCUUCGCACAUCAUACCUUUCCACGAUUAAAGAUGGCAUAGGCGACAGGCUUAUUAAUGUGAACAACUCCGUACUCAACACUCCCGGGUUCCGCGCGGCUGGCUGGUCUUCGGCUUCUACGAAUCCCAACACACAAAGCGCAGCUUCACAUAUAAAGCGCACUUACUCUCCCCCUAUUCCUACUACAACAGCUGUAUUUUCUGAGUAUUAUCACCAUGGUGCCACCAGAAAUGGCAACGAUUCGCAAGGACUUGGAUUCGGAGAUGGGGGUGAAGACGAGGAAGGGGGCAUGGUCACUGGCAAAAGCAAUACAGACAUAACUGGACGUCGACAUCAGGCCCGUAGCGGUAAAAGGAUACACCGAAGGGAGCGCCAGCUGCAAGAGCAUCAGAAACAGAGGGACGUAGACGAAGAUGAUAGUAGUGAUUUGAGCGAUGAAAGUGAAGAUGAUGGGGACAGUGCUCAAAGGGCUUCCCGACAAAUUAAAUUCAUCAAGAUGCCAAUACGAACUCGAGCUGGGUCGUCUCCGAUACGUACGACGGAUCGUCAAGAAGGUCCACAAGUUAUGGUCACGUCCCCAUCGCAUCCAACUAUCGGCACCCAUUACCGCACCGGGUCCCUAGGUACUGCAGUCACGGUAGGCGAACGUCCGCGCCGGGAUACAACGACAACAGCGAGCAGCGACUUGUCUUCUGAUAACGAGAUGGAUCCUUCCGCCUUCAAGAGAAGGCAGAUUCAGUUCUCUGGCCAAGACCAGGUUAUAGAACUAUCUAGAAAAGGGCAAAGGUGUGUUGGUAAUAGGAAUAUCGAGGAUCUAAAUGAACAGGGAGAGGAUUCAGGCGCCGAGUCCGUAGACUCUGUAUUGUCGUCAGAGUUUGAUGCUACAGCUGGUUCUGGAUCUCUUCUGGAAAAUGUCGGCAUAACUGGCAGUUUGGAUUCAUCAUCACCGAUUGCUUUGAUGCACAAGUUACAAAAUGGGGCUGGAUCUCAAACGGCAUCCCCUAGAAAGCCGAAACCCCCUGCUCCUGAGCUGCAAGACCUACCUCCGCCCCGUCCCAUCAGCACUGUGCAACCUAUAAGUUUGCUCUCUAAAGCGCUCAAUGCACGUAAACGAGCGCCAACUAAUCCAGUUGAAAAAUUCGCGGUCCUCUCGGGCAAAGGGCUAAACGACGCGCUAAAUAUUAAACUAUAUGUGCCAUGUUCUUCUGAUCCUGAACAGCCACUUGAUUUACCCAUUGCUCGAGAAUCAAAAUUAUCAGAGCAACCUGCACCAGUUAUCGUUGCUGAAGCUAUCGGUUUAGCUCUUUGGAGAUACUCAGAAGAAGGCUGUGAGCCGCCCAUUGAACGCAGCAAAUUAAAUGUGAAUAGAUGGACACUCCGGAUGGUAGAGGAUGGCGAAGUGGAAUACGAUUUUCCCGCGCUGGGACGAACAUCCCCCAUUGCCGAUUUCACGUCAAACAAUAACCGGGCAGCUGGUGCUAGAGGCCGGUCGCGAGGGAAGCAAUAUGACGAAUUUGCCCUCGUGGAAGCUUCCCAAGCUGAAUUUGAAGAGAACGAGCGCACAUUCCCAACAUCCAGUCAUUCCAUUCCCUCCGAAGACACAAGCGAUGCAUAUACGAUGGUCAGUACCUCCACAACCCAGCUGGCUUCGCAAAAUAAAACUCCUCGUCCAAAUCCGAUCUUGGGGCAGCCUUUCUCCUCGGCACUAAAUGACAAUACCCUCACGCCGGCCGAUCGGCCGGCGGUUCCUAUUUCUCAUGCUACUCCUCGUAUGGGCGUGUCCAAAACCCUCAAGAUAAGAUUUAUCAACCCAGAAGGCUCCGCGCAGACGACAACCCUAAAUACGUCUACCGAUAGCUACAUUGCGGAGAUCCUCGACUCCGUCUGUAAACGAUGGGGAUUAGAUAAAGGCAACUAUCUUCUCAAAGUGAUGGGUUCGAACACUAUUGCACCGUUAGACCGCACUGUUGAGGCUCUGGGCAACAUCACUGAUCUAGAUCUCGUGCGGCGGCGAUUUGGCCCCCAGUCUCUAACGGGUUCUCCGGGAAGCUCAUCCCCCAACGCUCCUCUGCUAGUUGACAAUAUUAAUGCGGCUAGCAAAAAGGGGAAGAAGAGCGGGCAGCGCAUGCUCCACCCACUCACACAGCAACAAGAUCUCACCGGAGGGUACUAUCGGCGGUAUCUUGUAUACCGCAAACAAUCCAUGUCUUUUACGGCGUCGAACCAGCGGAUAUUAACCUUUGACAAUGACUACAUGCACAUCAUGCCGGGAGAUACGGGCAAGACCGCAUCGGACACUAAAACACGGUCGAUUAGCUUCAAUGACGUGGUCGGAUGCAAGGUCAGUCGGCGGCAUCCGAAGAAUUUCCGUGUGGUUGUACUUCGCGGCAACGAUGCAAAUGAGCAAAAGCGGUAUGAUUUUGAGGGACGCAAUGCACUCGAAGCUGUCGAGAUUGUGGAUGAAAUUAAGAAAAAUAUGGCCCAUUAUCGGAUUUAG